UCUUUUUUGCUUUCCGACACGGGGAUGCUCCUUUAGGUCGGGUCUAACGCUCUCCCAAAAUUGUUUUUUUUUUAUAAAUGGAGAAUCAGCUCUCCAAUGCUUUCUCUCUCCUUGCUCUCGCCGACGACGAAGAUGGUCUCCCCUCGUCCUCCUCCUCCGCUGGAAAACAAGGAGAAAGAGUAGUAGAGGACGAUGUCGGAAACUAUAAGCAACCACUUGUCUGGAUUGACUUGGAGAUGACUGGUCUUAAUGUUGAAGUUGACAGGAUACUGGAGAUUGCUUGUAUAAUUACUGAUGGACUAUUAACCAAAUCAGUGGAGGGUCCAGAUUUAGUUGUACAUCAAACGAAAGACUGCAUGGAUAAAAUGGGUGAUUGGUGUCAAACUCAUCAUGGAGACAGUGGUUUGACAAAGAAAGUUCUCUCUAGUACUAUAAGUGAAAGGCAAGCUGAACAAGAGGUCAUCAAAUUUGUGAAAAAGCAUGUUGGUAAUGAAAAUCCACAAUUAGCUGGGAACUCUAUCUACGUGGAUUUCCUUUUCUUAAAGAAGUACAUGCCAGAUUUGGCUGCUCUUUUCCCUCAUGUGCUUGUCGAUGUCAGUAGUGUCAAGUCUUUAUGCACCCGAUGGUUUCCCAGAGAAAAAAACAGAGCUCCUGCAAAGAAAAACAAUCACAGAGCCAUGGAUGAUAUAAGAGAAAGCAUCAAGGAGCUUAAGUACUACAAAGAAAACAUAUUUAAAGCAAACAAAGGUAGGAGGUGAGGUGAGGUGAGGUUCGAGGGAAAGGGGAUAUUGAGAUUGUCGUUUAGGAGUCAUUCUCUUGAAUGUUUUUUUUUUGUAUUAUGAAACCUAGUUACAUGAUGAUCUUUAGUUAUUGAGACAGGUACUAAAAUCUUAUUAUCUUAAUCUAAACUAAACUAUGGAGGUUAGUUACA